GUAUGGGGUAGACGUGAGUUGAUUGGCACUAGACCUAGGUCAUCCUGAACUUCCAUUCAUUUUCUAGUUAGGUAGAUGCUCUACGCUCUGCUGUGAAUUUUUGCGUUGAUAUCAUAUGUAGGGGAUGUCUAGUUGUAUUCAAAAUAAGUCAAAUAGAUCUGUAGAUCCGGGCCUGUGUCUCCUUACUUUCUCCUCCUGAAUCCUCAGAUCCUCGUGGUUCUAUUGUUAGCCUUGUCAAUAUCGGAUUUACCGUAAAGAUGAGAUUGCUUUCAGCUAUCGCGUUUAUCGCGCCCGUCCAAGCCGGUCUCCGGUUUCCAUGCUCAACCCUAACCAUCCAACGUCUGGAUCCUGUGGUGCAGCCAGGUAUUAACCCGUCCGCUCACGUGCACCAUAUCGUCGGUGGAAAUGCCUUCAACGCUACUAUGCUUGGUGAUGUUGGUGCUAGAGCUACAUGCACUACUUGCCAAAUGGCCGAGGAUUUCUCAAACUACUGGACGGCACACUUAUACUUCAAACAUCCCGUCAAUGGAUCUUACCACCGUGUACCGGUGAUUCCCGUCCAGCCCCUACUGGGAGGCUCGAACGGCGCCCAAGGUGGACUUACUGUCUACUACACCCAGUUCGACUUGAGCAGGGACAAUCUCAACCAGCAAAAAAUCAAGGCCUUCCCACCGGGUUUCCGCAUGACCGUGGGCAGCCCAACUGCUACGGCCCGAGAGCACAUCGGGCUUAGUUACCAAUGCAUGACAGGCGGUAACAGAGGCACCCUACAGGCUAACUUCCCUGACAAGCCAUGCUCAGGUGGUAUAUUCACCACUCACCACUUCCCCCCAUGCUGGGAUGGUAAGAACCUUGACAGUGCAGACCAUCAAUCCCAUAUGUACAACACGGUCAACACGGAUUACUUUAACAAUGCUCCCGCAUGCCCGGAAUCUCACCCGGUUAGAGUUCCCCAAGUCACAUUCGAGAUUACAUGGGAUACCACCAAGUUCAACAGCAUGUGGACUUCUGGCCCUAACCCAUUCGUAUGGAGUUUUGAGGGUAGUGGAUAUGGUACCCACGGCGACUACAUGUUCGGCUGGAAGGAUGAUGCUCUUCAACGCGCAAUGGACAAGUCUGAAUGCUUCUACGAUGGCUGCGGUUCCAUCACGAAGCAAGCUAUGUCGACUGCCAACCAAUGCAAGGUUGCCGACAUGGUUGGAGAGGAAACCGAUGGAUGGCUCGACAGCCUUCCCGGUAUGGCUAUGCCAGCUUAAAUUUAGAUUGGGCAAAGUCCACGGUGUGGCUCAUGAUAUUCUAGAAUGUCAUCAAAUGUAUAAGCUAUUCAGGUGGAUCUUGCGCGUUCUUAGAUUCAAGUUGAACUUGUUAGUAGUUGAGUUAUAUAUACAUCAUUCACUGAACAUACCCAAGUAUGAAAGGAGUUAGGUUGCUUGGGUUAACUUGAAAACGGCCUAGUGCAUCGAUUUCCACCAUCCAUCGUAGGAUAGGGACAUAUCUAUAUGAAGAAUC